AUGCGCACGGGGAGGGGCAACGGGGAGCGGCCCUACGGCGUGGGCAACGUGAUCGGGGGCGGCAUCGGCCUCCUCGAGAACAUCUUCGGCGUCAACGAGCAGGAGACCGCCGGCAUCCUCUCUGGCCAGGCGUUGAAGAAGGUGGACAACAGCCCGCAUUACAAGGACGCCGGGUGGUACCUGGUGUUCCCGCCAUCGCACUCGUACCUCGUCACCUCGGCCACGGGCUUCGUCACCCUCCGUAACGCCGGCACGCAGGACAUCGUCCUCUCCUCCCAACCACGCGGCGGGGAGAAGGUGAUCGCCACGCACGUCCUCAAGUGCGGCGAGACGGAAACUUUUGACUACAAGGGAAAUUGGUGCGUCGAGCUCAGGUGCGCCGCGGACGGGGACCGAAGCCAGCCGGACAUCGAGUUGGUCGAGUUUCAGACCUCGGGCGGCGGCCACUACGGCAACAAGCUCGGCAUGACCUACUACGGCCUCUGA